UUAAAGCAGGUGGUAUUAUGUCAUGAUUAUUCUAAUGAUGUUAAACUUGACUAAUUGAGCAGUUUACAUCUGUCACUUUGGCAUAAAUACGUAAGAAGACAAACACGAACAAAUUAGUUUACUCCAAACCUAUCUCUUCUAGCUGUCGUUUGAAGAAUACCGCAAGAGCGCUCUCCAAAGCAUGAAAUACAAGGUAACAUUCCUCUUUUUUAUUUUCGGUUAUAUUUCUCUCGCCUGCUGUGAAAAAGAUCGCCAAUUUGGUGAUCUAAAUGAAAAUGGAGAGACGCGAGGAAUGGGAGUUAUGGAUACAUUGAGCCAGGCAACUGUCGAAAAACAAGCUCUUGUGCGGGAAAUUGUAGCGACAUCCCUUAGGGAAGAUUUACAAAUUCUUCUUGAUAACAAGAAAAACAGAAAGAAAGAGCGAAUUGAAAAUGUUAUUGAGUCAGUGACAAGUGAAAACAAUUACGACCUGAACAAGCUAUCCAAAGAUGUCAAAAAAGGCCAUUUGAGCGCUUUUCCAAGUUGCAACGAUGAGGUGUAUCCAUUUAAAGAGAGGAAAAUCAUAAAGGACCGGGUAAAACAUGAAAAAACCGAGCUUUCUGAGAAGGGUUCCGAGCAAGGCGUCGAUGUGUAUGAUGGCAGUUCAACAGCUAAGAGUUCUUCGAAAAUGCCACUUAAAAGAGAAGAAGACGCAGGCCAUAGCUUAUCCAUAAAAAGGCUAACUAAAGAGACUGAACCAACACCUGCAAUCAAGGACCAUGAAAGUCAAUUAGCGAAGACGGCGAAGAGAGCUAUUAAUCUGAAUAUCGGAACAAAUGAAAUAAUAACCCAGGCUCCAUCAAGCCCAAUUAAACCACAAAACUCAGAGAUUCGUGAAAAAAUAAUUUACAAGAUAAGUAAGACAAAUGUUGGAGAUGAUACAUUUAUUUUCGCUGCAGCUAAGACCUAUGAACCAGAACGACAAUUAGAGAGAUCUAACAAGAAUCAGAAUGAAGCAACUGGAGAAGCUACAUCUGCUUUUUCUAUUGGCAGUUUCAAGCCUGCUUAUAGAGUAAGAAGGGAUUUUGCAAUUCCUCCAUCGGUACCGUGCUCGAACGAGAAAUUGUCCUGCAAGAACCGAUGUCAAUUGGAGCGGAGCAAGGGACAAACUGACCAAGAGGUACGCUGCUUCUGCGAUCCGUACUGCAACAUUUAUGAAGACUGUUGUUUUGACUAUGCGUUCGAAUGCGUGGGAAACUCAACACUACCGACACAGGAAAACGAAGAGUGGAGUUGCUUGGAUGAACGGAAUGAGAACGGUGGGAUCUGGAUGAUAAAUUCAUGUCCACAAGGAUGGAAGGAUAGUGCUGUAAAUCAAAGCUGUGAGUUAGACUGGUUGGAAGAUCUUAACUACGACAACUAUAAGGACCGUCUUGCGGUCGCUUCCAGCGACGGGAGAACAUUCAGAAAUAGAUUUUGUGGGCUUUGUCAUGGUCUUCCAGUGGAAAAUUUGUCCUUUUAUGGACUCUUUUUCGUUUGCUCCCUCACGCCGCUAAAAGGAUCAACGCAAUCUGAGGCUUUACAGUUUCUCUUUGAAUAUUGCUCACAACCUUACCAAACACCCAAAGAAGGCAUGUACCGACGAUAUUGCAUUGAUAAGGUGCCAAAUUGUUACCAAGGCAACGCCCCUCAAAACAAUUCGUUGAGUGAAAAGUGUCAAUCUACAGUUCACGGUAUUGUAUUUGAGCAAACGCAAAAUAGGAUAAACUACAAGAAUAAAUAUUGUGCUUAUUGCAAUGGGGUUUUUAAUAUCGCGUGUGGGCCGGCCAAAGGGUUUUCUCGAGGAGUGGCUGGACAAGGAAAGUCGAUCUCUGUCCUGAUGGAUCUCGGCGGGGAAUCGAGUGGAUCGCGACAAGUGAAUGUCCAAUGCUCAGAGGGCUUAGUGUACGAUGUUUACUUAGAAACCUGCAGAUCGGGGUAUUCGCCGAGUAUUCUUAUGUCGACCGAGCGGAAAUUUAGAGUACGGUUGUGGCUAAAGUGCAGCAAGGCUAUUCCUUUUUCAGCCACAAAUGAAGAGUUUAUGUGGUCCAUAACAUCGAAAUACGGCCUUGAAAACACUACAGUAAAAAACGGAGAGUUUGUCAAGAAAUCAUUUGAGCCAUUUUAUACCGCCUCAUUCGAUCUUUCCAUAAGUUCAAGUAAUGAUAGCUCCGCCCUUCACGAGAUCCUUAAUUUCGAGAAGCCGUUUUCCCUGUUGAUCAACAAUGAAACCUUCAUAGUUUUAAAAGCCUCUAAAAGAACUAUGUCAUGCAAUGACCUCGAUGUUUUCUCGGGGAAGGAAUACACGUUUUUACCUUAUUCACACCAAGUAUUUAUUAAUAUCACCGAAGAAACACUCAAUGAAGGGGAAUACUUUGCAAACAUUUCAGCGGGAAUAGAUCAAACUGUUCUACUGUCUGGUCCAGUCCAAGUUUGCCGAUUUGUUAACUGCUCCAGCCCAAUGAUCGCUCUUCAGAAAGACGAGUAUGACUUACUGAAGAACCGGUCUGUGUUCCACAAGGCAUCUGGAACUAUGCAUAAGCGAAAGGAUUACUUAAACAUCAACAACACAGUCUUCAUUUGCACGAGUUUCAGCAGAGACUACAUUAGCCCCGUCCCUAACAAUGCUGAGAAAGUUCUUGUGAUAUUAACUUAUGUUGGGUUCUCCCUGUCUAUUUCUUUCCUUCUCGUAUUCCUGGUCACUUUCUCGAUUUUCCAGGAACUCAGGACACUUCCUGGAAUACACGUGAUGAAUCUCGCGACGUCGCUUUUGGCUGCUCAUAUGCUUUGGCUUGCUGGAUCUGGACAGACUGAGGAUCAUUCCGCCUGUCAGAUAAUUGCUAUUGCGCUGCAUUACUCCUUCCUUUCCUCGUUCACAUGGAUGUCAGUCAUAGCAUUCGACACUUGGCGGGCUUUCUCAAGCAAAACCCGACGACACAACAACGUUAUAAAUUGGAAGCGUGUUGGCCGCGUGAUAGCGCUUGGCUGGCUCCCUCCUCUCGGUUUCGUUAUUCUAUGCGUUGCUCUUGACCAAUCAGGAACCGUUACCAUUGACUAUGGCGGUGCCAAAGGCUGCUGGAUAAAUAAUAAAUGGUCAAACAUAUUCUUCUUUGCUGUCCCUGUUCUUGGUCUGCUGAUAUGGAAUAUCGUGUUUUUCGUCCUAACUGUUGUUGCAAUAAGAAAGGUGAUGAAGCAAUCGUCUAUGGCCCAAGACAAGGAGUCGUAUCGUAAUGACCUUGUUAUCUACGCUAAGAUAGCAUCUCUGAUGGGAUUCACGUGGUUGUUUGGGUUCUUGGCGCCAUUCACAACGUAUUUUCUCAUGUUCCCGUUUGUCAUCUGCAAUUCCCUUCAAGGGGUCUUCAUCGCAGUUGCUUUCCUUAUGAAUGGAAAGGUAAAGAAAUUGUACUGUAACCUAAUGAAGAAGAGUGAUAGUACUAACUCUUUAUCAAACUCGACGAAGCAUAGACGAUACAAUUCGAAUAGAUCAGAGGAGACCCAGAUUUAAGUUAAUAUAAAAAAAAGUAUCAAAAAAUAGUG